UCCCUUGCAAUUUUCGUGUCACUAUGCCAACCGACGAACCUUCGAAGCGAAAAUCCAUUUUACCAACGAUUCCAACAUCCCUGAUGUUGAAGAAAAGUAACGAAGCAUUGAGUGACUUCGAACGAACAUUUAAUGAUCGAGUUAUGGAUAUAUUUGCCGAAAAUCGAAGAAUAGAUGUAGAGGAGUUUAAAAAAAAUGCCGAAUGCUUUUUAAACAUCAUUCGAUCGAACAAAAUCGAUUUAAAUUGGGGUGAAGGGGGAGAAAGUAGAUAUGUGACGAUAACUCGAUUAAUGAAAAUACUCAAAACUUCACCACAAUCAAUCAAAGAUCUACUUCCACAUAACACAGUGUCGAAUUUCGUUAAAAUAACCAAUUAUAAUUUAACAAUUGAUAUCACUCUUUUAGAGGAGCUUGUACGAACAGUCAUUCACGCUGAGGAGUCCUACAUCAAACUUCUUCCAUUUUCAGAAAAUAGCACAGAGAUUUCCAGUUAUAGUCUCCAAGACUUUGUGGCCACACAUUUUAUUCCAAUUAUGAUUGAAGAACCGGAAAAUCCUGUCUAUUAUACAGCUUACGCAGUUGGAACAAUAUUUUUCCUAUUGGGUGCUCGACGGCGAGACUGUGUAUAUUUGAAGGAUUUACUUGCUUCAACACUUCUACUACAACUCGAAGAGUGUAUUCAUGCAGAGAAUCAUUGCUUAUCACCUCCGAAAAUUGAUGUAUUCACCGUCGCUCAAUUUCGAACCACUUUAUCAGAAUUCCGAUUCCUUGACUCCCAACGAAAGGGAUUGUUGGCGCCAGCGGACUUGAAAUUUUUCAGAGACGGAAUCUUCAAUGAGGUUUUCACCAAGCGAAUCUUCGAAAUUUCAAUAACCUAUGAAGAUGGACGUAUUGAUUUCAAAGCGUUCGUUGAUUUUGUCACCGCUCUAAAGUUCCGUCAUACCACUGCCUCCGCCAAAUACCAUUUCGAAAUUCUGGAUCUAAAGGAUGAUGGACUGUUGGAUGAGGAAGAAAUUCGAUCAAUAUCAUCAUUUCAGCUUCAAAACCUGCCAGAUUACGUCCCGGAAGAUAAUAGUGUGAACCCGGAAGUAGCAACUGCCGAACUGAGAGAUAUGAUGCGUCUGAAUCAGAAUGGAAUUACAUUGGAAGAGUUUCUUGCUAAUCGGAUGAACUCGACGUUUGCUGGAUUCCUCUCCAAUUCCGAUGAUUACAUGAAGUACGAACGACGCGAGCAAUAGCAGUCCCGCUAAUUUUAUUUUUAAAACUAUUCUAACCACUCAUUUCGGCCUGCAAGGGUAAUAAACAGCUUUUGGACC